AUGCCAAAGCCAGGUACCAUCGCCAUGGAAGAGGCAAUUAUUACACCGUCAACAAAAUGGCUCCUCGAAGAAACCUUUUCCAUUCUCAACCCUGGCGACAGCAGCAACAAGGCUCUUGAAGCCCACGCUGCGAAGCUACUUGAUAUACACGACAAACGCCUCGCAACUAUGGAUGCUGAAGGUGUCGAGUACAUGCUCUUGUCACUAACUGCACCGGGUUGUCAAGGCAUAACGGAUCCCGAACUCGCAGAGAAAACAGCCAAAGAAGCCAAUGACUGGCUGGCAUGUCAGGUCGCGAAAAGACCAGAGAGAUUUGGUGGCCUUGCAGCUCUUUCCAUGCAUGACCCUGAGGAAGCUGCCCAGGAGCUGGAAAGAGCCGUCAAACAACUGGGGUUCUUCGGGGGACUUGUUAAUGACUAUCAGAGCAUAGAGGGAGGAUCGGGACGAGAGUACUUUGACACUGCCAAGUAUGACCCGUUUUGGAACAAGGUUGAAGAAUUGGAUGUUCCGAUUUACUUGCAUCCGAGAUACGUGUCGAUCAAAGACCUCCAACCUGGGUCGCUGUAUGGAGAUCGGCCUCAUCUUCAAGGCGCAGCUGUUCAGUUUCAUCUUGAUCUUUCGUAUCAUAUCUACGCGCUUUGCUCAUCCGGAGUUUUUGACAGAUUUCCAGGCGCAAAGAUCGUAGCUGGGCAUUUAGGAGAGAACAUACCUCUGAAUCUCUGGAGAGCCAGCCACUGGUACAACAAGCCCAGUAAAAAGGCCACGCGCCCGUCAAAGGAAGACUACGAUUACUACUUCAAGAAUAAUGUCUACAUCACGACUUCAGGAAACUUCUUUACUCCUGGCUUGAAGCUCUGCAUUGAAACAAUUGGGCUCGACAGAUGCAUGUACUCUAUAGAUACACCAUACGAAGACAUUGAAGAAGCGCAGGCGUGGUGGAGGACUGUGGACCUGGAUGGUGACGCGAAACAGCAAGUUGGAAGGACUAACGCUAUAAAGCUGUUUAAAUUGCCAUUGGAGUACUGA